AUGAGCACAAGGCGAGUGGUGGUGGAGGCGCCCCCCGGGGCCAGCCCCAGCAUGCCCCUCCAGAGGCACCGGGCAUCCUUCAGGGGAGCACGGAUAUCAUCUCCCCUGGAAAGCCCCCCAGCCUCCAGGACCAACGCUGUGGGUGGUCUUGUCCGAGCACCCAGGGUCUAUGUAGGGAUGGCACCCACUGUGUGCACAGGUGGCCUGGCGGCCCGUGUGACCCGUCGGGCCCUGGGCAUCAGCAGUGUCUUCCUGCAAGGCCUGCGGAGCUCAGGAACCACGGCGCCUAUUCCAGGCCUGGAAAGGGACCUCAGUGUCGUUGAGGACCUGGGGGGUUGCCUGGUGGAAUACAUGGCCAAGGUGCACGCCCUCGAGAAGGUCAGCCAGGAGCUGGAGGCACAGCUGCGGAUGCACCUGGAGAGCAAGGCCGGGCGCUCGGAGAACUGGGGUGCCCUCAGGGCCUCCUGGGCCAGCAGCUGCCAGCAGGUGGGAGAAGCAGUCCUGGAAAACGCCCGGCUCAUGCUGCACACGGAGAAUAUCCAGGCGGGUGCAGAUGACUUUAAAGAGAGAUAUGAAAAUGAGCAGCCGUUCCGAAAGGUAGCGGAAGAAGAAAUUAACUCUCUGUAUAAAGUCAUCGAUGAAGCUAAUAUGACAAAAAUGGAUCUGGAGAGUCAAAUACAGAGCCUGAAAGAAGACCUUGGCUUUCUGUCAAGGAGCUAUGAAGAGGAUGUGAAAAUGCUGUACAAACAGUUGGCAGGGUCUGAGCUGGAACAAAUGAACGUUCCCAUUGGCACUGGUCUGGACGACAUCCUUGAGACGAUCAGAAUUCACUGGGAGAGAGAUGUCGAAAAGAACCGGGUGGAGGCAGGAGCCUUGCUCCAAGCCAAGCAACAGGCGGAGGUGGCCCGCAUGGCCCGGACCCAGGAGGAGAAGCUGGCUGCUGCCCUCAGGGUGGAGUUACACAACACUUCGUGCCAAGUCCAGAGCCUCCAGGCUGAGACGGAAUCCCUGCGGGCCCUGAAACGAGGCCUGGAGAACACCCUGCACGAUGCCAAGCACUGGCACGACAUCGAGCUGCAGAACCUGGGCGCCGUGGUGGGCCGGCUGGAGGCGGAGCUGCGGGAGAUGCGCGCCGAGGCCGAGCAGCAGCAGCAGGCGCGCGAGCAUCUGCUGGCGCACAAGUGCCAGCUGCAGAGGGACGUGGCGUCCUACCACGCCCUGCUGGACCGGGAGGAGAGCGGCUAAUGAAGAAACUUCCUCUCUUCAUGAAGAAAAUGCUGCCUUCCUCACCCAGUGGCCAAUGAAGUUCCUCGAGGAGCUCUCCCAC